CUACGGCCUGCACCGCGCCAUCCUCCACUGCCCUCCCGGGCCACAGCAGAGAGCUGGCCUGGAAGAGGAGUAACUGGGACAGAAUCUGGCACCCCAACUGGGACUAGAACCCGGGGUGCCGGCACCGCAGGUGAAGGGUUAGCCAAGUGAGCCGUGGCGCCGGCCAAAAUUGGACUUCUGACAACUAAAAUUCUCCAGAGGCAGGCGUUUGGCCUAAUGGUUGAGAUGGCACGUGAGAUGCCCACAUCCCAGCUGUGCUGCGUUUCCAGCUCCUGAUGACACUUGUGUACCCAGGAAGGCAGCAGGAGAUGACGAAAGUAGUUCAGUCCCUGUCACCCACAUCAGAGUUCUCCAGUUGAGUUCAAGGCUCCUAACUUUGGCCUGGUCCACUCCACAUUCUUACAGACUUUUAGGGAGUGAAUGAGCAGGUGGGAGCUCUCUGUCUCUAAAAAUACAUACAUACAGGCCGGCACUGCGGCUCAAUAGGCUAAUCCUCCGCCUGUGGUGCCGGCACGCUGGGUUCUAGUCCCGGUCGGGGUGCCGGAUUCUGUCCCGGUUGCUCCUCUUCCAGUCCAGCUCUCUGCUGUGGCCCGGGAAAACAGUGAAGGAUGGCCCAAGUGCUUGGGCCCUGCACCUGCAUGGGAGACCAGGAGGAGGCACCUGGUUCCUGGCUUCGGCUCAGCACAGUGCGCCGGCCGCAGCGGCCAUUUGGGGGGGUGAACCAAUGGCAAAGGAAGACCUUUCUCCCUGUCUCUCUCUCUCUCUCUCACUGUCCACUCUGCCUGUCAAAAAAUAUAUACAUACAUACAUACAUAAAUUUUAAAAGGCAUACUUGUUUGUGUAAAAAAAUGAUUCUUUAGCCAUUUCCAUCUCCACAGGAGAAACCCAGCUGUAUUUCUCCCUCACGUUUAUCCUGUUCCUGUGUGUCUUUGGGAUACAAUUGCUUUAGGCAGAAUCUUCCCUAAGCCAACAGUGCUAUCAAUAAGUAACAUUGCUUAUUCCAUAAUAAACAUAAACGAAGGUAUUUUCCAAGUGUGUUAAAACAGGGAAUAAACAUUUAUAACUUUAGAAUGUUGCCUGGGUUCUUGUAGGGCUUUCAUGUAAGGAAGAGCUGUGCACAGAAGAGAAAUAUUUACAGUUAAAGAACUUCCUAACAGUUUAACAAUGAGGGGAGGUGGCGCCAAGGUCUAGUUCUCUCUCUCCUCCUCUCUCUCCUUCUCCCUCUCCAUCCACUGGUUUACUCUCCAAAUGCCUUCACCAGGGCUGGGAUCCAGUAAGUCUGCAUGGGUGGCAGGAUCCCAGCUACUUUGAACAAGCCCUGUUGCCUCCCAGGCUCUGCAUUAGCAGAAAGCUGGAAUCGGGAGCCAGAGCUGGGACUCAGGCCCCUCUGAGACCAGAUGCAGGCGUCCUGACUGCUAGGCCAAGUACCUGUGCUGCUUCUACACAGUGACCCCAGAACCUUCCAGGAUGCCCACUGCUCUCUGCAGGCUGAGACCUGACCGAAAGACUAUUUGGAGAUGGCUUAAACUUCGCUUUUCUCUUCUAGCAAACAAGCAGUUCGCUGAGCACCCGCCGCGUUACAGAAGAGGAUGCGACCUUGCGAGUGAGCGGCGGAGGGCAGCAUGAGUCCCGAUGCGCCUCUGCUCAACGACUACAAGCAGGACUUCUUCCUGAAGCGCUUCCCGCAGACCGUCCUCGGAGGCGCGCGACUCAACUUAGGCUACUGCGCACCUCCGUACAUAUACGUCAAUCAGAUUAUCCUUUUUCUGAUGCCAUGGGUCUUGGGUGGGAUCGGGACACUGGUGUACCAGCUGGGCGUCCUGAAGGACUACUAUGCAGCAGCACUUUCAGGCGGGCUGAUGCUGCUCACCGCGUUCAUCAUCCAGCUCACGAGUUUGUACGCCAGGAACAAGGCCGUGACCGUGGAGAGAAUGCGAGCCACAGGGAUCAUCGCAGAGGAAGAUGAGUAUGAAUUCACAAGCUGUGCUGGUGCCGAGACUGUCAGAUUUCUGAUUCCAGGCAAAAAAUACAUAGCCAACACAGUGCUUCACUCUGUGCUUGCUGGGUUAGUGUGUGGUCUUGGAACGUGGUAUCUGCUCCCGGAUAGAAUAACCUCGCUGUAUGGCAGCACAGGAGGCACUGUUCUAUUAUUUGUCUUUGGAUGGCUGACAUUAUGUAUAGGAGAGUAUUCAUUAAUUGUAAACACGGCCACAGAGACUGCGACUUUCCAAACUCAGGAUACUUACGAAAUCACUCCGCUGACGAGACCUCUUUACAUUUUGUUCUUUGUUUCCGUGGAUCUUGCACACAGGUUUAUGGAAAAUAUUUCAGCUCUUGGACAAAUAAAUCAGAUCCUACACAUCUUGUUUGUGUUUUUACCCUUCCUGUGGGCACUUGGAACUCUGCCCCCACCUGAUGCAUUUCUCCUCUGGGCGAUGGAACAAGUGUUAGAAUUUGGCAUUGGAGGUUCAUCCAUGUCAUCCCGCCUGUGGUUGUUAGCAAUGUUCAUCAUCUCUGUUGGAACAGCCGUAAUAUCCUAUUUUAUUCCCAGCUCUCUCGGUGUGGUGCUUUUCAUGACUGGACUUGGAUUCUUACUGAGCCUUAACCUAAGUGGCAUCGGUUUGUUCUUCAUACACAGUGUGAACAGACGCAGAGUUGAAACCAAAUCUCAGGCUUUAGCCAGUAGUUCUGAGAGACAGUUUACAUGGAAAGAGUGCCUUUUCUACUUCGUUAUGUUGGCCCUGGCCCUCUCAGAAACCAGUCUGCUGCAUCACUUUGCUGGUUUCUCACAGAUUUCUAAAAGCAACUCCCAGACUAUGGUUGGCUAUAUCUUGAUGAUCUUACUUAUGAUACUGUGGAUACUUAGAGAAAUUCAAGGUGUCUAUAUCUUCGGAAUUUUCCGAAACCCUUUCUAUCCAAAGGAUGUGCAAGCCGCGACUGCGUUCUUAGAGAAGCACACGAGGCUCACAAGAAUUGGUGUUGUCAGACGGAUUUUGCUAACCCUAGUGUCACCUUUUGCUAUGAUGGCAUUUCUCUCACUGGACAGUUCAUUACAAGGGCUCCACUCCAUAUCUGUCUCCAUUGGAUUCACAAGAGCUUUUAGGAUGGUGUGGCAGAAUACCGAGAGUGCUUUGCUUGAGACAGCCAUUGUAUCCGGUGUGCACCUGCUGAGCCCCAAUGCAGAUUUAUGGUGGAACACAAGCCUCAAUACUGGAAUCAGACUCUUAUUGGUGGGUAUCAUGCGUGACCGCCUGACCCAGUUCAUCUCCAAAUUGCAGUUUGCUGUGACUGUGCUCGUGACAUCAUGGACGGAAAAAAAGCAGCGUCGGAAAACAACUACUGCUUUGUGUAUACUCAACGUUGUCUUCUCGCCAUUCGUGCUGGUUCUCAUAGUGUUUUCUACACUACUCUCUUCUCCCUUACUCCCCCUCUUCACACUUCCUGUGUUCCUGGUGGGGUUUCCCCGGCCUCUGCAGAGCUGGCCAGGAGCAGUAGGCAACACAGCCUGCGUGUGUGCGGAUACGGUUUACUACCACCAGCUGGCCCCCAGGUUGACUGCUGCGCUGCAGACAGCAAUGGCCGCGGGACGUUUAGGUAUCCUCAUACCUGGAUCUCAUUACUUGGGCCGUUUUCAGGAUCGCUUAAUAUGGAUAAUGAUUCUAGAAUGUGGCUAUACUUACUGCUGCAUUAACAUUAAGGGGUUAGAAUUGCAAGAAACAUCCUGCCAUACUGCCGAAGCUCAGAGGGUUGACGAAGUAUUCGAAGAUGCUUUUGAGAAAGGCUGCAGAAAAGUAUGCUCCCUUAAUGCACACUUUGCAAACGUCCUGACGCCGUGCACAGUUUUGCCUGUAAAACUGUAUUCUGAUGCCAGGAACAUCCUGUCUGGCAUAAUCGAUUCCCAUGAAAACUUGAAAGACUUCCAAGGUGACCUUGUUAAAGUGCUUGUGUGGAUACUUGUUCGGUACUGCUCCAAAAGACCCAGCAUGCAGGGCAGUGUUCGCAAACCUGAACAGGGGACAGGACCUCUGAGACUCCUGCCGGCCUGGAACGCUUCCCCACGUCCCAGAUGCCCAGAAGACACAGAGAGUUCACACUCAGAAACUUCUGACUGGUCUAAUGAUGAUAUUUUUGAUGAUGAGCCAAGUGUUGCAAAAGGAAAAAUGGAAAAGGAUCAGUUGAACGAUUGGCCAGGUGGAAAUUUGCCCAUUCCAGGAUCCGUAGAAUCACAGAGGGUUAGUGAUCAUUCCACUGGCACAGUUCCUGAAGACAGUCUUUUCAGAGCAGUUACCUUUGCCUAUCCUGCCACUGACAAAGGAAAACAAGAAGAGGUGGCGUGUACCCCCCUGGCGGAGUUCAGUUGCGCACAUUCUCACCUGCUGAGCUUGCCUGAGGAGUGGCGGUCUCACUAUGUGCCCAAUUCCAGAAUGAAGGAGAUGCGCUCCUUGUUUCCGGAAGACUGGUACCAGUUUGUUGUAAGGCAGUUAGGAUGUUUCCGUUCAGAAGAGAAGGCCUCAGAUAUACUGGAAGAAAUCGCAAAGGACAGAGUUUUAAAAGACCUUUAUGUUCAGACAGUAAUGACUUGUUACUGUAGUUUAUUUGAAAUUGACACUGUGGCUCCCAGUCCUGGACACUUACUGAGAGUUUACAGUGGUGUUCUGCCCUGGUCUGUUGCCUUGAAUUGGCUCACAGAAAAACCGGAACUGUACCAGUUAGUACUGAAAGCAUUCAGAUACACUUUGAAACUAAUGAUCGAUAAAGCAAGUUUAGGUCCAAUACAAGACUUUAAAGAGUUGAUUAACUACCUUGAAGAAUAUGAAAGUGAUUGGUACAUUGGUUUGGUGUCUGAAGAAAAGUGGAAAGAAGCAAUUCUACAAGAAAAGCCAUACUUGUUUUCUAUGGGAUAUGACCCUCAUAUGGGAGUGUACACCGGGAGAGUUCUCACCCUGCAGGAACUCCUGAUCCAGGUUGGGAAGUUGAAUGCCGAAGCCGUUAGAGGCCAGUGGGCCAAUCUUUCCUGGGAGCUGCUUUACGCCACCAACGACGACGAGGAACGGUACAGCAUACAAGCUCACCCACUGCUUUUAAGAAACCUCACGGUGCAAGCAGCUGAUCCCCCCCUGGGAUAUCCGAUUUAUUCGUCAAAACCUCUGCAUUUACAGCUGUAUUAGAGCUCGCUUGGCUUGUGACGUCCCCACAUGAGGGGUUUUUAUUUUUCCCACCCUAGAAAGUAACAGUGUGAUUCUUGCACUUGCACUGUACUGUUCCCUGCCCCAAGUCAGAUGCCUGAGAAAAGCUAAGCUCCAUGAAGUGAAUUCUCUCUGUAAUCUUAAUCGUUUAAAAAAAAAAAUCUGACAUAAAAGUUAGAAAUAGUUGGCCAAUAUUUGUGCCCUAUGGAUUGUGGUAAGCUUUGGGAAAAUACAAUGAAACAUUUAUGUAAGAUUAGAUCAUCAUUAAGGCUUUACUAAAUGAAAGGUGAUUUGCCUUACAAAAGUCAACAGCUGCCGGCGCCGCGGCUCACUAGGCUAAUCCUCCGCCUUGCGGCGCCGGCACACCGGGUUCUAGUCCCGGUUGGGGUGCCGGAUUCUGUCCCGGUUGCUCCUCUUCCAGGCCAGCUCUCUGCUGUGGCCCGGGAGUGCAGAGGAGGAUGGCCCAAGUGCUUGGGCCCUGCACCCCAUGGGAGACCAGAAGUACCUGGCUCCUGCCAUCAGAUCAGCGCAGUGUGCCGGCUGCGGCGGCCAUUGGAGGGUGAACCAACGGCAAAGGAAGACCUUUCUCUCUGUUUCUCUCUCUGUCCACUCUGCCUGUCAAAAAAAAAGUCAACAGCUAUGUCAUUUUUACAUACUUAAAAGAUAUACAUAUCAGUGUUUUAAAAUAAUAAUGGAUGUUAUUGAAUGUAAAAUAGAUUCAUAUAUUUAUUUGAAUAUUGUAUUUUCAAAUGUGCUGUUUUUAACAUGGUCUCAAUGUUUUCAUAUAAUGUGUUCAUUUUCUUUUCAUAUACUUCAGUGCAAAAUCUUUACCAAUAUUUAAUAAAAUAUUUUCCAGUAAAAUCCUUUCCUUCCCUUCUGAAUCGCCUCUGUGUAUGCAUGUGAAAGGAAGGGUUCACCAGAUUCGUCAGGUGAAUACUCACAGGAAGCGCAAUGUUAGGGUCAUCUGAGAGUGACUACCAGAAGCCAUUCUGAAGAUCGUAUUCUGAAGAGCACUUCUGAAAGAGGACCUGCCAAACAGGGCUACCUGUCACUAGUAUGUAAAGGUUUAAGAACUGAAGGCAGAAGGGAAGAGACUUUCCAUAAUGUGAUUACAGUUGGAUCUUCAUUCUCUUGCUGCUUAGGCACAUUUAACAAGUGCUUGUAAAGGGGAAGCAGCAUGAAUGGGUAUCAGUUGAGGCAUGAAUUUCUUCUAUACCUUACUUAAUUUCGAACUGAACCUAUAGGAACCUGCUAGAUUGUUAAUAUAAUAGUAGAAAGGAGUGAGAUUAUUUUAAAUGUGCCAGUUGGGCUUUAAGUUAUUAUUAGCCCAUUUAUUUAGUAUAUGGACUGGUUCACUCUAGCAAUGUCUUUUGGACAAAUUUUCAUUUUCAGACUCAUGAACUUUGUGAAUUAGCCUUUUUUUUUUAGGUAGCAUAGUACAGUUUUUUUAGGUAGUAUAGUACAGAUGAGAUUUCAUAUUCUAUAUGAGUUCAUAUCUCAGGCUUAUGAUUUGCAUAGUCCAGAUUUACUAUUAUAUCUUUUUGUCAUGUAGGAAAACUUCUUGAUUGAUUUACAACAGGUAAUUGGUUUAGUGACUAUCACAUUUUAGUGAUGGUUAUCUUAUUGGACUUUUCCCCAAAUGACAGGAGUUUAAAGUUGUUUGAAGAUUUUCAUCAUUCUAGUAAUCCCAAGCCAUGUUGUCGCUUAACCUUGCACUCCUCACACACUGGAUUCAAGGUCCACUUUCCUCUUUCAGUCACCUUGCAGGCUGCAUUCCAUCUCUACUGUUCCCUCAAAUAAAAAGUGUUUGUAUUGAACCACUUCCAAUCUUCAUUUGUCAAACCAGCUGGCCACUUACUGCCUCCGCUUACUUUUCUUCUGAAUAGCAUUUGUAUAUUCAGCCUCGCGCCAGCCAUCUUUCGUGUUUGGUUUGGGGCUUUUCUGAUAACACACUGUGCUCUUCUGGUUUUCCUAGCUCCUCUCAAUCAGCUUUGCUGCUUUUCCUCUCUCACCUGACCUCUGAUUUUGGAAUUUCUCAACAAUGGGAGCCAGGUCCUCAUUUUAUUUUCACCAUCUCAUCUGCUCCCAAAUAUGUGGGGAAAGUCUUACAGAAAAUGGAAUUAAAAGAAUUAUUUUAUUGUCAUAAAAAAGUCUUGAGAUCCAUGAAUAGUUUUUUUUUAUAAUACACAGCUAGCACGAUUUUUUUUUAAAAGAUUUACCAACUUAUUUGAGAGGCAGAGCUACAGAGAGAGGGAGAAACACAGAAAGGUCUCCCCAUCUGCUGGUUCACUCCCCAAAUGGCCGCAAUGAUGGGAGCAGGACUGAUCCACAGCCGGGAGCCAGGAGCUUCUUCCAGGUCUCCCACGUCGGUGCAUGGGCCUAGGCACCUGGGCCAUCUUCCACUGCUUUCUCAGGAUAUCAGCAGAGAGCUGGAUGGGAAGAGGAGCAGCUGAGACUUGAACCAGUGCCUGUAUGGGAUGCAGAAGCCUAACCCACUAAGCCACAGCACCAGCUCCUCCAUGAAUUUUUUGAAAAGGCGCCUUAUAUCAUCAGUAACUGGGUAUGUUCAGAUACACUCAUAUGUGUUUCACAGAACACUGUUCCUUCAUUGAACCUUAUCUGAUAUCCAUCUGAUUAUUAAAAACUGGCCUUACUGAGUUAUCUAUAAAACUAACUUUUCUACUUCCAGCUUUUCAUAGUAUAUAGGUAACUCACACCAACCAUCUGUGAAGAACUAGAAAAACUAGGCAGAGUGAUAUUUUAAAAUCCGCUUAAUGGCAUCUGAAAACCAAGAAGCAGCAAAGAAUUCUAUCGCUAAGCUCCAUGGCAGGAUGAAACUUCGAGAACUGAGCUCAACGUUUAUGUUGCCUGCCUUCAGGGAACACAGGCCAACUCAGUAAAAGAUGACAGAGUCUAAAAAUGUAAGCAACACUCUCGACAGCCUUAGUGCUGAGUAAGAGGGAUUAAAACGACAAGCGAGGGCUUUCCAAGGUAGGGGAGAGGGUACCCACGCAAUUGGCCACACACGGGGUUGGGACCCCAAGAACUAUAGCCUAAUGUUAACGGUGAAUAAAGACAUAUGCAGUUUGAAUGUUAGUCUCCAUAACUGGAUUUCUAUUGCAGCUAGCCAGCAGACAGCAAAUGUAAAUCCACUAUGGACUGACAUUUAUGUUUUUUUUACAAUUCUUGAUUUUGAAAUCAGGUACUCCAACAGGAGAGGCAGGCAUCGCCAGGAGCAUGUUAACUGCUACACCAAACACCCAUCCCUAAAAUUUUUUAGAUUUAAUAUUGGACAGAUUAAGGCAUCUGAGAGGCAGGUGUGGCAGAGUGGGCUAAGUCAGAUUCUUAUUUCUGGCUGAACAUCUAGUUCACAAAUUCUUACUUUACCUCUGUGUAGUAUUUAUCAAACCCAGUUACUGAAUUUUUAGUUGACUAAUGUAUUUUUCAGCUGGGAACUUGUCAGUUGAUUCUUCUGUAUACUUUCUAAUUCUCAGCUGAAACUCUGUGUUGUGUUUUGUAUCUUUCAAUACAGUAAAGGUAAUUUUAUAACCUG